UUGAGGCACACGUCAAACUAGCCCUACUCGCUAGUUGCUAAGUGAAACUGCAAGUUUCGUCUCGUAACACAAAAAUCUUCACAAAUUGCUCAUAAUGUCGGAGUCUUUGCAUCGCUGGUGUGUGGAGCAGUUAAACAGCCAGUUUGGCCUGGAAGCGAGUGAUGACAUCGUUCAGUACAUCCUGUCCAUCAGUAAUGUGGAUGAGAUUGUGGAGUAUGUCGGUGAUCUUCUGCAGGGAACUGAAGGGAAGAAGAAGGAUUUUCUAGACGAGCUGCUGGUGAGAUGGCGACGUUGUCAGAAACAGCAGGACAGAGAGCCAGAACUGAUCCACAUGAAAACAGAGGGUCCCGACCCAAGUAAAGACACUCAGAAGAAAAAACGCAAAGGGCGGAACAAACAGGAGGUGGUGUUGUCCAGCCAGGCUGAGCCCGAGCCGGAGAUAGUAAGAACUCCCAUCGACCUGAUGAAGGCACACGAGAACAGCAGCAGCUCUUCCUCCUCUAAGAAGAAGAACAAAUUUGUGAAUUUAUACGCCAAAGAGGGUCAGGAUAAACUCACCGUCCUGCUGCCCGGACGCCAUUCCUGCGACUGUUUAGCUCAGAAACACAAACUGAUCAACAACUGCCUGACCUGCGGUCGGAUCGUGUGCGAGCAGGAAGGCUCCGGUCCGUGUUUUUUCUGCGGCAGUCUGGUGUGUACUAACGAAGAGCAAGAGAUCUUGUAUCGGGACUCGAACAAAAGUCAGAAACUCCGUAAGAAACUCAUGGGAGAUCACAUCGUAUCUGAGGGAGAUAAAGACUACCUGCCCCACCAAGAGGCCAGGAUGAAGACAGGCUUAGAGAAAGCCAUUCAGCACAAAGACAAACUGCUGGAGUUUGACAAGAACAGCAUUCGCCGAACUCAGGUGCUGGAUGACGAGUCUGAUUACUUUGCCACCGACUCCAACCAGUGGCUCUCCCCAGUGGAGCGCGAGACACUGCGCAAGCGGGAGGAGGAGCUUCAGGAGCUUCGCCACGCCUCCCGCAAAGACCGUAAUAUCACGCUGGACUUCGCUGGAAGACGCGUUCUCGAGGAAGGAGAAAACCUGAAUCAGUAUUACAAUAAGUACGACGAGACCGUCAAGGCCAUCAACACAGGGACUCUCAUCCAAACCCCGAAGAGCUCGGCUCCAGCUGGCCGUCAGUACCUUAGGGAGCUCGUCAACCCAAAUAUUCAGCAGGCUGCACCUCAGUGGGUGGAUGUACCCGGCGGCGAUACGUCUCACAAGGCUAAAUCAGCGCACACCGAGCAGAACGCAGAGCGCACCAGGAUAAGGAUUCAGGACCGGGAGCUGCAGGAAAUGGCGGACGGAGGCUGGUGUCUCAGCAUGCACCAGCCCUGGGCUUCACUUCUCAUCUGUGGCAUAAAGAGAGUGGAAGGCAGGACGUGGUACACCUCACACAGAGGGCGUCUGUGGAUCGCCGCUGCAGCCAAACGACCCACGCCUCAGGAGAUCGCAGAGGUGGAGGCCACGUAUCGGCAGAUCUGUAAACGAGAUCUGAACUUUCCUAAAGAUUAUCCUACAGGCUGCCUGCUUGGCUGCGUCAACAUGACAGACUGCCUCUCCCAGGAGCAGUUCAGGGAACAGUAUCCUCAUAACAGCGACGAGUCCGCCUCUCCAUUCGUCUUCAUUUGCACCAACCCUCUGGAGCUGCUGGUGAAAUUCCCCAUGAAAGGGAAACACAAGAUCUGGAAGUUAGAGAGUCAGAUUCACCAAAGUGCCAAGAGGGGGUUAAUGCAGCCGGCCUGACCAGCCUGACCUCGACAAAGCCAUGCCGGGCCACGAGGACCCGAGCUUCCAGCCAAUAGACAAGCGGAGCAGGCCGUGUCACACUACAGUGCCAUUCAUCGAGGGACACUGUUACCCACGGGACAAAGUGACACUCAUGCAUCUCUAAACAGAAAACUACACUCUGUACACCAUGCUGCGUUUUCUCUCUUUGGCUUGACCUAUUAAAAAAAAAAAGAUUAAAAUGAACUAGAAGCAUCAUCGCUCAUUCCGUCACAGUUAUUUACACCACAAAAUAAAAUUCCCUGCGUGCGGGUGGAGCCAAAACGAGCCGCUCGGCCGAGCACGGAAUGUCUGCUUAGCAAAGAAGCGAUUGUGCUGCAGAGCCGUAUCAGAGCUGCCCUUCUCAUUUCGCACCACAAUGGCUGUCACAGGCAGAAACACUUAGGGGUUUUUUUUUUUUUCCUCUCUCUGCUCUCCUUAAAGUGAUUGAGGAGCCUCUUCGUGACACGAGCACCUCGGCACCAGAUAGAGCGAACGACCGUGCCAAACGACUCGCCUUAAUGGCAGCCUUCACGAAGGGAACAAUGGCACAAAAGCACAAGCUGUGAGGGGCUUUUUUUUUUUUUCCCUUAAACCACAAUUAUCCAAAAAUUAAGGGCUGGCUCUUGUGCUGUAUUAACUUCAACAUAACUGAAUUGUGUGUGAUGUGAAGUCACAACACGGGUUACUUUCAUAUAUUUCGCUUCAAGUGAAAGUCUAUGUUCUAUGGUUGGUUUACUGGAGCUGUGUUCGUAAGAUUUUGUCAACAACGCUCCGAAUUCCAGUUUCAAAUGCGUCUGUUUUUCCAAAUCCAUGGUGACGUAUGAGAUAAAAUAAGGCUUGAAUCAUUUGAACCUGAUCAGUAAGGACUAAACCAUGACAGGUUGUGCUGCUACAGGAAAAUAAUCAACGUCAGGGUUGUGCGAUGCAGCCGUACCACUCUGAAGCUGAUUAUCUUUCAAUAACAACAUGGGAUUUUAUUAAUACUUUACCACAAUUCACCACCGAUUAACAUUUAUAAUGUUUUAAUACUUAUCAUACAUUUUAUUCAGCUUUAAUUAUGUCGCUUUGUAGAAGCCAACAUUCUGUUUUCCUAUUUAAGCUUAGACAAAAAUUUAUAAAGAGUAACUCCUCCUAGGGCUUUCGAGCCACAUGCACCAAAUUCGGAUAUGUUGUAGAACCUGGUCUGAAGUUUGUUGCUAUUACUUUUCUAAGCGAUCUGAGUACCGGUACUUCCGGUACCGGGUCUCAAAGUGGCCUUUUUCCCCAUAGACUCCCAUUAUAAACUUUGGAGGUUUAUAACUGGGCAAGCUUUCGAACUAUCUACAUCAAACUCGGCCAGCUCCUUUAGGGUUUAGGGUUUUACAACAUGGACAUGUGACAUAUCAAAACACUCAGAACAAUGAGGGGAACUUCCUCACGGGUAUUCUGAUGACGUCACUUGAAAAUAUGAGUAUUCGGAUGACGUCACAUGGGAUUCGGAUGACGUCACAUGCUUGUCCCCACUCCAAAUGUUUUGGCACCCUAGCUUUCUGUCCACUUGCCUCCAAACGUAACGCUGAUCCUUAUGUCCACCAGCCUCCAAAAACACCGGCUUUGUCAAAGCCAACAACAAAGUUUGUCGUGACAAACUUUACAAAUCUAGUUGCAUUUUAAGUUCCGCUGCAAUGAAUGAACUUAUCAGACAUUUUCAAUCGGUAUAAAACAAAUGACUGAUUUUCUGUCGGUGAGUCUGAUUGGCUUUCGGUGUGAGACGUGUGUUUUUCCCCCUCUGUUGAUAACCUCACAGAAUUUUAUAGUGGUUGAAGAUAAACACCUUCAUAUUUUAGAUGAUCACAAACAAGCACUCAGUGCAUCUCAGAGAGCAGAGAUGGGUUUUAUAUCACUGUUUACUUUGAAUACAGUAAAAAAAAAAGACUUAUUUUAUGGAACCUUUAACCCUAGUAGGCUACUUUGCUAUGAGCUUCACAUUAACCACCACUGUGGAACGGGACACGGUUAAGACAUUCAAUACUUAACAUGGACACGACAAAACAGGAGCAAUGACACAAGAAAGAAAAUGAAGCUUGUCUGAUUUGAGCUUGAUGAAUAUGGAACAAACACAAUGGGGAGUCAUGUUAGACCAAAGUAAUCAAUGUUGGUCUGAUUCAAAGCUCCUUAACAUUGAUAGUUUUCCAUUAAGUGUUUUCUUUCUCCUAUAUGAUUUGCCAACGAUUACCAUUUUUAACACGAUCGUUUACGGCACUGUGCGGCAACGAUGAGAUUUUCAAGUAGCUCCCAAAAAAUAGAAGCUACAGGAAAUUAAACUGAUCGUUGGAUUCACAACUAGGUUCUCAGUGAAAAUGUAUCUGAUAGAAACUAAUCCCAGGUUUUAUCAGUUCCCAAAAGGAGAGAAAAAAAAAAGAAAUGUUCACGUUAAAUUAAUAAGUAAAUCCCUCUCUUGCCUCGAGCCACCUAAUCAGACUCGGCCAUCUCAACCACCUACAGAUCUCAGGAGCUCUUCUCGUGUCUCAACACAAAAGCUCUUUUUUUUUUAAAUCAUGGCCUGAAAGGAACACAAAAAAACACUGAAAAUUGGUUUCACGGUGAGCCUCGAGAGGCCAGGUAUUAAAUUCAACUUGGACUUAUUAUUAACACAUUCCUGGGUUUGGUUAAACAAACAGUGUGGGCUAUUUAAAGCGUGAUUGAACAGUGUGAUGGUGUUAACUAGCUCAGGAAUAGGCUCUCCCUUUGUAUGUGAACGAGGGAACAGUCUGAGAGCAAGCUGGAGGUUAGACCUGGAAACUCAUCCUGUAUUCCUGUUCUUUAAUCUUAGAACCCUAAGACUAGCACGCAUUCCCUCUCAACCUAAUGGGAAAUGAGUAAUUACGACUUUGAGAAGGAGGUGAAAAUGAAUUUCAUUAACAAAUAAAAAGUCCAACAAGGAUGAAAUAAAGAACAAACAAUGCGCUUCACAACCAACUCCAGUGAUUUAAAACAAAGCUCUGAUAAAAUCCUGACUUUCGAUUUACAAGUCGAACGCACGUGAGUGACACUACAAAGUCGUAAUUACGAGUUUCAGAAUGGGGGUGUGUCAGUUAAAAAUAAAUAAAUAAAUGUUGGAAUAUAAAUGUCUGCUUUUGGUUAUUUUCCGGUAUGAUGUAUUUGUUUUAUG